CAUAUUUUUGGAACUAACUUUAAAACUAGGUAAUGAACCCUUGAAUUAUUUUCUUUCAAAUUAUGAACCCGGGAUUUGAAUGAAGUAAACCCUCAAAACAAUGCAGUUCAGUGCUGGAAUUUAACAAGAUACAUAUAAGAAGUAUUGAGUGCAGAAGAAAGAUUCAAACAAAAUGGAACGAAGAAAUUCAGCAUAAUACAUGGUUGACUCUAAGUGGCAGUAUUUCCAUAAAUAUUGACAAAAUAUAAGAAAAGAUUAAAACAAAGCUGCAAUCAUGAACGUCUCAACAUAUUUAAAUAGUGGGUUAAGCAGCUGUCCAAAACAUAUCCCUUCCUGGUUUGCAUAUGACGAAGUCGGUUGUGCCUUUUUUAACGAGAGCCUCAAGAAAAAUGAAUUUUACUACUUUUACAAGUUUGAGAAAAGUAUCAUCAAAGAAUACGUGCAGGAAGUAGCCGAGAGUGCUCCAAGGCCGUGUUCAGUAGUUGACCUGGGCUGUGGUAACGCAGAGAAGACUUGCCUCUUUCUGGAUGAAUAUUUCAAAACUGAAACAUCGCUAUCAUACAUACCUGUAGAUAUUUGUGAAGAACAACUUACAAAAACGAGUACUAGGUUGACACAAUUGUACAGGAACCAACUAGUAAUUCAGUCAUUAGCAGGAGAAUAUCAUGAUGCAAUUCCAAAACUUAUGGAAUACCAUGGCAGGAAACUUAUACUUUGGAUUGGUGGUGCUUUCCAAAAUAGCAAUUAUCCAAAACAGAUAAAAUUACUAUCUCUGAUAUCACAAAACAUGAAAGACGACGACCGGCUCCUAAUUACAAUUGAUAUGACACAGGAUAAAAAUACAAUAGAAAAAGCUUAUUUGGACCCAGCAGGUCAUCAUAAAAAAUUAUACUGGAAUACUUUAAACAGAUUGAACCGGGAAAUUGGAACUCACAUUGACAUGGCAAAAUUUGUAUUAGAAGGGGAAUUUAUUACUGAUGAUCAAGAUCAAAAGCCAGGUGCCAUGUUUAUAUGGCUGAGAUCACUGACAAAACAAUCAUUUAUGAUAGAUACAGAUAGCCUGAAAAUGAAUGUUGAGCUUGAGGAAGACGAGAAGAUUUAUCUUAAUGAAGGAGGUGGCGUUACUUAUAAAUACACAGAAAAGCAGCUGCAUCAUUUGUUCCAACAGUCAAAAGUAGAAGUUGUUAAAAUGUGGAGAAAUCAGCAUAUAGGAAUGAUUCUUCUUAAACCCUCUCAAAAUUAAGAUGAAAUUAUACCAAAAGCAGUAGAACUCUCAUACAUGAGAUAGCAGUCGUAUAGUUUAUUUAUAUUUGGAGAAUGAAAUUUAAUGUACUGAUAUGAAAUUGUUUAGUAAUUUCGAUAAAAUGUUAUAAGUUACAAAAUGUACUGUACGAAAAACUAGGUGCGUUAUUUUUGUUUUACAUAUUUUAAAGAAGAAGGUAUGAUAUAACCGAUAAAUUUAUCAUAUAGCAUCCUUCAUAUGUUCCUAAGACAUUUUCAGCCAGACAUUAGUAUAUAUAACUUAGAAUUUUGUCUUACAAAUUUUCAUUUUUUACCUUCAAGGGGCAUAUAGUUACUCUUAUGUAUAUCUAUUAUAUAGUCAUUUUUAUAAAUUGACUGUUUGCAAAAGUAUGAACUAUUCUAAAUACUAAGGAUUUUCUUAUCCCAGACAUAUAACCUUAGCCGUAUUUGGCACAACUUUUUGGAACUUUUGGUCCUCAAUGCUCUUCAACUUUGUACUUGUUUUGGCUUUCGAACUUUUUUGAUCUGAGCGUCACUGGUUAGUCUUGUGUUGACGAAACGCGCGUCUUGCGUAUUAAAUUUUAAACCUGGUACCUUUUGUUAGCUUUUAUUCGUAUGUUUCUCUGUUCUAUAUGUUCUCCCAUUUAUUUGUAUUGUAGUCCUGUACAUGUCAUGUAAUGUUGUCAUUUUAAUGUUAUAUUUAACAUUGCCAUAAAUGCGGGAGGUUUGGCUAGCCACAAAACCAGGUUCAACCCACCAUUCUUUUCUUAAAAUGUCCUGUACCAAGUCAGGAAAAUGGCCAUUGUUAUAUUAUAGUUCGUUUCUGUGUGUGUUACAUUUUAAUGUUGUGUUUCUGUUGUGUCGUAGUUCUCCUCUUAUAUUUGAUGUGUUUCCCUCAGUUUUAGUUUGUAACCCGGAUUUGUUUUUUUCUCAAUUUAUUUAUGAAUUUCGAACAGCGGUAUACUACUGUUGCCUUUAAUUAUACCUCAUGCUGGAUAUUUAAAUUUAAUUUGUAUUUUUUAUAUUUUAUAAACUAUUUUAAAUUUAUAAGCCCUCUUUUGUAUUUCACCUGCAUCAUUGUGAUCAUAAAAACAAGAUUUUUGUGAUCAUUGUUGUUGUUAAAUGUGUUUAAUGUUCCUGUAUACCAGGCAUGGAGUAAUGCUAAUUUGUAAUUGUAAUGCCCUGUAAUGCAUUACAAUUCCCCAAGUAAUGCAUGUAAUGUGUAAUGCCAAUUUUUUUUGCAUUACAUGUAAUAGUAAUGUAAUGCAUUACAUUGGCAAAAAUGCAUGUAAUUUAUGCAUUACAUGGCAUUAUAUAGCAUUACUUCCCUUCUGAUAAUUGCUACAAAUGUCAGGGAUAAUAAGUACUACCGCUGUAUUCUUUCUUUUAAGAAAAUAUGAAAAUUAAACACAAAUCAAUGUCUACUUAAAGGAUUAAAAAAAAGUGUAAAUUUGAACUGUUGUAAAACUUAUAAUUUUCUUCAUCUUAUCUUAAUACUAAAACAUUUAUACUAAUAAUUAAAACAGAUCUAUUUUUAAACAUACAAAAGUAAAAUUGAUAUUUAUUUGUAGUCAUUUUCAUAUACCAUUAUAGUCAUUGAAAAACCAAUACAUGAUAUUUAAACAUGAAAGAAAUAAGUUGAAUGACUAAAACCACAAAUUAGUUUGUAUAGCAAUCAAUUCCUUUCUUUUGACAAGUGAAUUUGUGAUUUUAAAGUAAUUAAUUAACAUUGAGAUUAAGUCAACAAUAUAUAAAUAAAAAAAACAUAAUGGAAGAAUAAAUUCUGUUAUUGCUUUUGUGAGAAAAUACUUCGAUAUAUAAAAGCCUGACCCAGAAGAACUAUCAACCUUGGCAAACUUUGUAAUUCCAUCUGGUAUUCAGAAAUAUCAAUUAAAUGACCCAAAGCAAAACAAAGCUAUAGAUCCACUUUUCGAGUAUAUUGCUAGAAGUGAUUUGCUCCCAUUUAAACAGUUGAAAGCAAAAGUUUAAGAAAUUUAUAGAAAAUCUUAACCCAAACUUUCAAAUUCCAAGCCGAAAACAUCUCUCAUCUAAAUUGAUACAGACUAAGGACUAGGAUGUAUGUAAAAAAUUGUAUGAUAACCUUCAGGAAGCUAAUCACAUUUGUUUGACUGCUGUCAUUUGGUCUAUAGGGCAAUGAAAGGAUUUUUAUAAUAUCUAUUUGAUAGUUACCAAGAUUGCAGUAUAGAAUGUUUUAUGUAUGUUUCUUCUGAUAAUAAAAUUUAUAAAAUGUAAUAUGUAAUAUAAUGCAUUUCUUUGGUAAAGUAAUUGUAAUUUAAUGCAUUACUGUCCAAAAUACAUGUAAUUGUAAUUGUAAUAUAAUGCUGGUUUUGUUUAAGUAAUUGUAAUGUAAUUUGCCCCAUGCCUGCUGUAUAUUGUAUACUCAUACAUGCAUUAAUCAUCGAUAGGUUGACAAGGACUCCAUGCAGGCACAGUUGACCUAGGUUGAUGUGACAAUUCUUUCUUUCUUUUGAUAUCCCUUUUGGUCACAUACCUCCUCGAUUAUAUAAGUAUUUAGUUUUCCAUGGCUUUCAAAUUUUGGGCUUUGCACGCACUAAAUAUAUUUUGAAGCAUCUACCACUGAGUAAAUACUGCUGUUGGUUGACUGGUAGACUUCUUGGGCACGGAAGUUAUUCACAAAAUGUUUUUUUAGAUUCUCAGUCGAUAAAAGUUAUUAGGAAAGCGUUUUUUUUUUUAUAAACAUCACCCAUAUAAAAAAAUAUAGCAAAAUAUCUGAAUAAGAUAGUCUGUAUAUAAGUUUGGUAUUAUUUUUUUAUGGAAAUAAGUUUGGGUGGUUUUUUUUUAACUUUAUGACAAAUAAAGGCAAUAGUAGUAUACCGCUGUUCAAUAGUCAUAAAUCGAUUUAACUGAAACAAAUCCGGGUCACAAACCAAAACUGAGGGAAACACAUCAACUAUAAGAGGAAACAAAACGGUACAACAGAAACACUGAACUGCUACAAAAACAAACGCCAGCAUACAUAAAAACGUGAUAACAUUUGCCAUAUUACUGACUUGGUACAGGCUAUCUUAAGAAAAGAUGGUGGGUUGAACCUGGUUGUAUGGCUACCAAACCUCCCGCUUAUAUAGCAAUGUUUAAAAUACCGCUAAAAUGACAACAUUAUUCAUUUAUUUAUAAGUGGGAGCUUUGCUCUAUUUCAAGUUAUUAUCUAUGUGAUUUAAAAAGGGGGGGGGGGGGUUAUUUCAUUACAAAGUUGAAAGAAUAAAAUUAUCAAAAGCAAUGAGUCUUUAGUCUUCUGUUUUAACCUGUCAGUUUUUCUCUUGAAAUAUGGCUGUCGUAUUCAAAGAAAUUAAAAAUUAUUUUAUCUGAACGAUAACAGUUGUUUUGACAUACUGUGGAUUCAUUUAUUUCCCAUAGGAAGGAAUUUCACGUGGAUUGAGGUAAAAAAUUAUUUCGUGGAUAUUUGAGUUUUAUUGUUUUACAAAAGUUUGUGUACAAGCCUUAGAAAUUUUAUACUACAUUGAACAUUUAAAUUUAUGUUUUUCCUAUACCUUUGAUGUCAACAAAAAUUGGUACCCACAAAUAUUAAUGAAUACAAAGUACAACAGUUUUAUUAGGAAACAGUCCCUUUUGUUAAGCAGAAACAAAAUUUUCUUGUCUGCAAGAUUGUAAUUGAGUUACUUUUAGCUUCAUUUCCUAUCAGAUUGAGGUUGUUUUUGACAAAAUUUUCAUGAAUAUUCCUAUCCGAUUUGCUGAUAUAUUCUUAAAUCUGAUAUUCAUUUACCUGAUAAAAUUUACAUUAAACAAAUAUGAGAGGGUUUGGUGUUUUGAAAUAAUAUUACAAUAGCCGAUAUAUUAGUUUAGUGGAAAUUGGAUUAGGGGGGGUCUACUGGAAUGAAUUGAGAUGUGGGGUAUGCAAUAUUGACAGUAACUUAUGGUGGUCAGUUCAUUCUGUUGAUGAGAGAAUAAAAGAUGCUUUCAACAAUUAUAAAUUUAGAAAUUUUUGUUUUGAUUUAAAUUUCUGAUGCAAAAUAUGUUUGAAAUUGUUUGGCUGAUUUAAAUUUGGAUUGCAUUAUUUUUAUGAAUUCUCAAUAGUAACUCACAUGUUUGUUAGUUGAUCACCAGUGAUAAAUAAAUGCACAUAAUUUCUUAAUUUAAUUUCAAAUGUUUAGGUUUUGUAAAUAAAAAGUAAAAGCAAGAAA